AUGGACCACAACAUGCACGUGAAUGCCCCACUCCACCAUUGGGGCUAUGGGGCAGGACCGGCUGUGGCCUUGCCAGCGACCGCCAGCACCCCCCAGAGCCACUGGGUGCAGCCGCCGCAGAGUCAUCACAGUCAAGGACACAACAGUCUGAAGCGGUCGCUCUCCGAGAGCGACUGCGACGACCUCUACUCGGAGGAGUCCUCCAAAGAACAAAUCUCUCCCAGUCAGCCGGGAAGCUGCCAGCUGAUGAGCCGCAAGAAGCGUCGCGGGGUCAUCGAGAAGAAGCGGCGCGAUCGCAUCAACUCCUCGCUCACCGAACUGAAGCGUCUGGUGCCCUCGGCCUACGAGAAGCAGGGAUCCGCCAAGCUCGAGAAGGCCGAAAUCCUCCAGCUCACAGUGGAGCAUCUGAAGAAUUUGCAGUCGAAAACAUUGGACUCGCUCAGCUACGACCCGCAGCGCGUGGCCAUGGACUACCACAUCAUUGGGUUCCGAGAGUGCGCCGCCGAGGUGGCCCGCUACCUGGUGACCAUCGAGGGCAUGGACAUCCAGGAUCCGCUGCGCCUGCGCCUCAUGUCCCACCUGCAGUACUUUGUGCAGCAGCGGGAGCUCUCGGCCCAGAGCUGUGCCAGUCCCAGUGGCUGGUCGGCUUCCGCUCCAAGUGCCGCAGGCUACCAGGCCACGAGCAGCUGUGCAGCCCCUCCCUACCAGACCUAUGCCUCCGCAGGAAAUCCCGGAGCAGCCUAUGUCUCCAGCUCAUCUCUGCACAGCUAUCCAACGUUGAGUGCAUCGCCCUCGCAGCAGCAACCGCAACAGCAGCAGCAGCAGCAGCAUGGUGGACGGACCAGCGUCUCCAGGACGAGUGGAUCAGGUGUUGUCAGUGAGGCUCUGCCACCUCAUGAGCUCCACUCCGAUACCAGCAGCCAGCAACAGCAGCAACAACAACAACAACAACAACAACAACAACAGGUGCAACAUCAGCAGCAACCUCCCACCCAUGUCCGAACCCAGACCACGCCUCAGCCGGCCCAGCAGCCACAGCAGCAACAACAACAGCAGCAGCAACAUCAACAGCAGCAGCAACAACAACAACAACAACACUACACACACGAUCACACUGUUGUUCAUCCGGAGCAACAGAUUCCCACCUACAUAGAUCUGACCAACAGCCACCGACCUCCAGCCGGCGGGGAAACCCUCAGCUAUAGCACAGCUCCACAGUAUCCAGUGAGCGGAGGACAGGAUUACAACAACGCCAGCGUCCUGCAAUAUGCCACGCCCAACGGGGCCAAACCCUAUCGACCCUGGGGAGCCGAGAUGGCCUAUUGA